GCCUUACUCAGCUUCGCACAUGUGCCGAGUUAGCUGACAUUUGCGUAGUUUGCCCCGCGCCGCUGACAAGUACGCGCGCGUCGUGUUCCAAUUUUAAAAAAAAUUGUGUUUUUAUUUUCUGUUGUUAAUUUGAAAAUCGAACGUGGUUCAAGCUGUGAUAAAAAUAUCGUGAAUAAAAAAAGUUAAUUGGUGACCUCGAGUUUUCCCCGGAGCAUUGCUAUAGCAACGGAUGACGUCAAGUUCAGGGGCGAUACAUUUAUCGAGACCGGAAAAGGAAACCAUUGGCAACGAUUUUAAGACUAGUUUAAUGUAAAGUGAAGUGAAGUGUAGUGAAUAGUGACGCCGAUGUAGGUUUAUGGGAAAGUGCACUUAAUACAAAAUGGGUUUAAUGGCAAUCAUCAAAUUAGGCUAUACUAUGGUAAUAGUCGCAUUCCUGUUAAUGAUAUGGGCGUCACUAUCAGGGGCUUUAGAAUUACACGUAGAUACGGGACACCCACCAUGCUUAUUUCAAGCCCUUUGUACCUGCUCCAAGCCCGCUGGGGACCUGGGAAUUGUGACCUGUAAUUACGUACCGAUCCUGAAAGUCCCGGCCGCAGUGAACAACUCCAAGGUCUUCACACUUCAGCUCACUGGGAAUAGGAUCAGGGAUCUGGAGCCCCAGUUCUUUCAAGCAACAGGGCUUUAUCGAUUGGCGAUUAAUGAAAAUCCACUAGAGUCGAUUCACGAGGAAGCUUUCUAUGGUCUGGACAACACAUUAUGGGAACUGGAACUGAAGCAGGAUAGAUUGGCGGCAGUGCCGAGCCGAGCGCUGAGGUAUCUGCAGAAGCUUCGCUUGCUGGACCUCUCGGGCAAUGAAAUAACCGAUAUCUCUGGAGAUAACUGGCGUGGCUUGGAGAACACACUGCAUACGUUGAUACUGUCUGACAAUUCCAUCGCGAGUAUACCACUUGACGCGUUUUCUGGUCUUCCAAUGCUGGACACCCUGGACUUGAGGGGCAACCAUCUAUCUGUUAUUGAUAGUGGUGUCUUCCGUGAUGGAAUGCAUCGAUUGAAUAAGCUCCUUCUAGGCAACAACCAACUGACUUUGAUUCCGUACGAGGAACUGUCACCACUACGUCAGCUUCGUUACUUGGAUCUGUCUAAGAACUUGAUAAAGCAAGUUCCGCCCGCCCAUGAGCUGAACGGCAUUACUUUAUCUCUCGAUACUUUGAGAUUGGACAAUAACAUCAUCAGAAUACUUCUGCCGGGUUCGUUCAAAUACUUCAAUGUGUUGAAUACGACAAGCCUGGACGGAAACCCAAUAUAUACUAUAAGAGAAGACGCAUUCCGAAAUGCUAAAAUUCGUUCUCUCUCGUUACGGGACUGCGGGGUCACGGAAUUAUCACCUGCGUCAUUCGCUGGUUUGGAAAAUACACUGCAAAACCUGGACUUAUCUGAAAACAACCUCACAAUGAUCUCAAAAUUCAUGCUGAACAAAUUGGAUUCACUGAGAUUCCUAAAUCUGAGGGAGAAUAAGGUGGACACCAACCUCCUAUCGACUGGCAACCCCUCAGACUUCUCGGUGACAUCAGUGAAUAAUUUCCAAUACAAACUCUUCUAUUUGGACAUCAGUGGAUCGUCUCCAAUUGAAAUGAGUCUGCAGGAUAUACGAAGAAUGCGCUCUCUCCGAUACUUAGCAGUGAGUAAGCUAAUUCGUCGCAGCAUCAGCUCAGAAGACUUUAUCGAAUAUGGUUUAGAGCUGGAAGACCUUAAAAUAUUCGGAAGCACCAUCACCAAAAUUGAGGCCAGUGCUUUCCAGCACGUGAGGACGAUCAAAAGCCUGGACUUAUCUGAAAACGAAAUCGACUUUAUCGACCCGUUUGCGUUUGCAGAGCUUCAUAGCCUAACGACCUUGAAAAUAGCGAACGGAUUAGCUGAUUCGGUAAAAAUUCUACCUUUUGAGCCGCUUAAAGCGCUAAACGAGUUGCAGCAUUUGGACUUGAGCAAUAACAAACUGAAAAAUGUUCCCGAUACAUCCUUCCAUUUCCUUUACAACGUGAGGACACUGAAUCUUCAAGACAAUCUUAUCGAGCACUUUUCUAAGGGAACUUUGCAGGGUGACAUCCACCGACAAUUACAAGGCAUAUACCUAUCGUUUAACAAAAUGACGAAAAUUGUUCAGCACACUUUCGUAGAUCUUAGAGAACUACAGGAGAUACAAAUCGAAGACAACUUGAUAGAUACCAUUGAAAGACGGGCGUUUAUGAGCGUUGAUAACUUGAAAGUGAUCAGGCUGCAGGGUAACAGGCUUAGAGAUAUUAGCGAAGAAGCCUUCCAAAAUCUACCAGCUUUGAAAGAGUUAGAUAUAUCUUUCAACCGUCUAGAGAUGUUUAAGUUCUCGAUAUUUGAUCAAGUCGGUUCUGCAACUGCCCUUAAAGUGAACGCAUCCUUCAACCAAAUAGUGUCGUUGACUGAUUCCAAUGCACCAAGUUUCUUUUCAUCCAACUUCUACCCACCACCUAAAGCGCAAAGCUUAAUAUCAGUGGAUGAUCAAGAAAAUACAGAUAAGGGUAAAUUACCGCACGGCCAAGCUGUAACAGCGUCGCCGUAUCGUUUGUUUUGUCUCGGAACAGUAUCAGUUAAUAUAAGAGUAUUGGAUUUCUCUCACAACAAUAUCUCCUACAUUGCUCCAUAUUACUUUAGGCAUGCUGACCUAACGUUAUCUGAACUGCAUCUGUCACAUAACCAAAUAAGAAAUAUUACAAGAGAAGUGUUUGGAUCUAUGCUAAUGUUACAGUACCUUGAUUUGUCUCAUAACCAAAUAUUCCAUAUGGAAUACGAUUGUUUUAAAAAAGUCAAAAAUUUGCAGAUGGACAUAUGUGGACUCGGGCUUGGUUUAAUCAUUAAUGGUUAUUUACGAAUUUUGAAUCUAUCACAUAAUCAUCUGAUUGAACUUCCGGUUGAAGUAUUCCACGAUAUGCAAAUGUUGACCUCAGUUGAUCUUUCCCAUAAUCGUAUUCGGAAUCUGGCUGACAAUCUCAUUUUGUCGGCAAAUUUAGAAAGGUUGGACUUAUCAAACAACGACUUAUCAAGGAUGCCAACGAACGCAUUAUCACCAGGUGCCGCUGCAAAUCUUGUGGAACUAGAUCUUAGCAGCAACACGGUACCUGCUGUAGCCAUUCCUGACUUGGUCCAGCGAUUUAGGAACUCCGAGGCCGGCGAGUUUUGGCCCGAGGAAAACGACUACAACGAUGAUUACAUGUACCACACCGCUAGGCGAGACCAAUCCAGAGUCUUCCACCAUAAAAAGCAAUAUCCGCAGAACAUAUUCUACAAGUCUUUGGCAUGGUUAGAUCUAUCCAAUAAUCAUUUGGUAAGAAUUGAGAGUGGCGCGUUCGGCGCGUUACCAAAACUUCGUUGGUUGGAUUUGAGCAACAACUUGCCGUUUAACGGUGACCGAAGUGGAAAUAUAUUCAAAGGACUGGAGCGGAGAUUGUCUUAUUUGGGACUUAAGAAUGUCAGCUUGCAAGUUAUACCAUCUCUACCACUUCCGAAGUUGAAAACUCUGGACCUAUCGUACAACAAUCUCCACUCAAUUCCAACCGACACAACUGCCAAUUUGACGCGUCUAAGAGCACUCGACUUAUCAUACAACGACCUAACUAAAGUGCCCGUGGCUACGCAUUCGCUCAGCGAUCUUCGCUGGUUAUCACUAUCGGGCAAUCCAAUCACAGCCCUCAUGAACACCAGCUUGUAUGGACUAUCACCACGACUGGAAUACCUUGAUGUCACCAGACUUCGUCUGAGUAUUUUAGAGUAUGGCGUCUUUAGCAAAAUGUAUGGAUUGAGAACUCUAAAGCUUUCUGUGAACGGAAACGUGAGAGACUUCAGUAUCCCUAAAAUGACCUCACAGAACGCCGCAUUAGAGAAUUUGUUCUUGUCCGUUGAAAACUCACAAAUCGAUUUAGGAAACGAGAUGAAAGGCGAACUGCCAUGCAAAUUGGAUAACAUUACGCUAACUGGGCGAGAGUUGAAGUUCAUCUCACAGAAUCUUCUUAAUGGCGCAUGCUCCAGAGAGAUGAGGCUAACAAUUUUCAACACCAGCAUUGAGGAUAUAUCGUCUGAAGUAUUCUGGAGGCAUGGUCGUAUCAAGAACUUGUCUUUGGACCUACGGAACAAUCAGCUGAAGAGAUUACCAAACCCAGCUCGGAAGGAGUGGCCUGGAGUUCCAAACGACCUCUUCCUUGAUGACAUCCUCGUGGCUAGCAAUCCCCUUGUCUGUGAUUGUGGAAUAGGCUGGAUACAAGCUUGGGAUCGCAAACGACGCCAGUAUAUUUGUGACAGUCCAUCUAGUUGCGAUGCAUUGGACGACGUAAGACUCGCUACCUGCCCCUCUUAUCAGAACCGAACAUUGAGUGAUGUAAUUUCUAAAGAUCUGGACUGCAGCUGGAGUAAGGGAUACAGCAUUGUGUCAAACAUCAUGACUGUUCUCGGUCUGGUCGUCGCGUUCUUUGUCAUUUGAGGUUUGUUUUGGUGUUACGGACUUUAUCGCGAAUUAGUUAUGGUUCGCGACAAUAUUCGCUACUUCCGUAACUUCGUGAGGGGUGGUAACUGGGAUCACGUUAAUCUCAUCCGGGAAAAUUCGCAUGACAACAUUCGGGACGAUUCCAGUGAAAAUUCUGACAGCCUCGCUCAUGACAUUCCCCGAGGUGCCCUGAUCCCCAAAGGCAAUCCUGGGAAGCCCAAAACUGAGUAGAUGUGCCUCCACGUGGCCUAUUAGAAUGUAGUGCUAAGGUGACGCUAAGUAUUGAAAUGUGAUGUGAUCUCUAAGUAACCGAACGCUAUGUUUUCUUUUAGAAUUAUGUGCACUACUAACUACAAUAAUUUCUUUAUUAUAUUUGACAACUACAUUAGUAGUUUUAAUAAUGAAAUUAUUGUAUGCAACUAAUGUUUAAAUACAUUUUUCGCCUUUUAACUUCUAAAUCAGAAGAAGAAUCAGUCGAAACAGUCUUAUAAGGGUCUCAAUAUUAUACUUUUUAAUUUCAACACAUAUGACAAUUUUGAUAUUUUUUUUGUAUCAAAAUAUUAUUUAUUUUUAUACAAGCACAACAAAUCUUUCAAUAUUCAAUCUACCGCUUGAGUACAACUAUCGUUCAGGACUAUCAGACAAAGUGUUUGAAUAUUGUUUCUCUAGAUGGCGCUAAUACAAAUCAAGAAGUAGUUUAGUAUCACAUGACUAGGUGGUGCCAAUAAAUUACCUUCCACGACAAAUUAACACCCGGUUUAAUCUUGUUGAUGGCGUUUAAUCUCAUCUAAACUGAAUGAUGGAAUGCGCAUAUAACUUAGUUACAAUUUCCUCAAUUUGUAGAAUAUUUACUUAAUUAUAAUCGUAGACUGCAUUCGCUCGAAUGAUAUGUGUUCGUCCAUUAAUAGAGUGUAUUAUUUAUAGAUGUAUUUCCUUAUUAGGCUAGAGCUCAUUAUCAUAUUUAACUGUCACAAAUUUAUCUGACCGGAUACAUACGUAAGAACCUUCAUUAUAUAUAAGAUGCAUAGAUGUUCAAAAGAAUCUCUGGCAAUACUGAGGCCGGAAAUGUUGAGGGGGUUUAAUCAAGUUGCCUUAAAAGUGUAUGCAGACAAGGGAAAACUAAAUUUGUGUGUAAAUGUACCGACACGAACUGUCAAAACUGUGUAAUUUUCAUACAAAUUUUCCAUUUUCUGCAUACACUAUUGUUAAGAUAUCUUGACUAAGCCCCAAGGUGCAGAUAAAUUAGGACACGUCUUUUUAUGCCAAUAUAUGUUUAAAUUCCUAGAAAUAAGUCUCUUUUGAGUGUACAAAAUCGUUGGAUGUCAGUUUAAUAUUCUAUUGGUAUACUACGAUUGUUUAGAUGUUUUCAAAGUCUAAUAUAAAGUAGAAAUAUAACAUUCUAUGACAUGUUCUAUACUAUUUGUAGGUUAGGUAUUCGUUUCAUCGACCAUUAUUUGUUUCUGUUUAAUAUAUAAUAACUCUUCUGUUGUUUCUUAAUUUCUGUCUUAUUCUUCUUUUCAGAUUACCUAUCAGUUUAGAAGCAACUUAUUUUUUUGCAAGCUUGUCUUUGUAGAUAGUUCCUUAAGCUAAAUUAGGGAAAUGAGUGAAUUAAAAUUACCUCUCUUUCAGUGGUCCAUGAAUUCAGGCCUAUCGAAGCUUUUUUUCAAUGCCGUAUUUUGAGGAUUUCGUUUGCCUUUCUUUAUAUUUCUGCAUUAAGUAGACUUAAGUAUACUAUUAAAAUUUACAGCACUUUUUUGUGUGUUCAUUUCAAUUGUGUUCUUCUAGAUUUAAGUUUAUUUCUCAAGGCAUUGAAAACAAAGUUUAAUCGUAACAAUGAAUAUAUUUUGUGAUAUAUAUUAACUGUAAUCCUUCUAUUUUUGAUAAGCCUACAAUACUAUUGCUAACUUGGGAAUUGUAUGACUAGCAAAUUCUCGGUUGAAUGCUUUUUAUUUAUUCCAAAUGAAAUUUUAUUGUUAAACUUCAAAGUUAAAUUUUUAUGGAUUAAAGCAUCAUACCAAAUACUUGUUAUGUAUUUGUAUAGUAUUAUUAUUAUAUUUAAAGUGUUCAUAUUGUUUAAAUUGAACUUUAUUUACAUCAAAAUCAUUCAAAAAUACAACUAAAGUAUCUGUAAUGAUUUAAAACUUUAUCAUUGGUUAAACUAAAUAGGAUAACAACUUCUGAAUGUGAUAGAACUUAGCUAGUGCCAAUAAAAUUAUUAAUAUCAACAUAAAUCAUUACAAUUUUCCUUCAUAAAUUAUAUGAUAUUAUCAAAUUAUACUAACGAAUAUUAAACUUAUUUUAUCGAUUCGAUUUAAAAAUAUUAAUAUGAGGUUAAAUAUUAAUAAAUAUGGUUUAAGAAUAUAAUUUAAUUUACAUUGAUUUUAAAAUAAAAAACACAAUUUGGUAUGAAUAUUUGCAAGUGAUGUUCCAUUGAACAAUUAAACAAAUCUUUUUUAAAUAAAUUAAAAAUAUACCAGUUUAGAUUUAUCGAAUUUGUUUUUAUUGUUCAUUUUAUAUAAAAUACAAAUAUGUGAAUUUUCCCAUGUAACCCACCGCAGAUAUUCGUUAGUACAAUUUUUAAAUUUUAAUAUAACUUUUAAAUAUAACGAUUGUUGUACAUAAAGAAUGUAAGCUACGUAAAGAAAUUGGAAGUGUUUUUAUAAUUAGGUAUUUCUUAAAUGUAUUCACUAUUUAAAACAAAUCUCUAAAAUAGUGUGAAAUAAAAUAAUCUAUGAUCA